CGCACACUGAUACACACUCGUGUAUGCAUAUGCGAUCUGGGUUUUGUGUAUUUGUAUGCGAUUUCAAUCUUAUUGUUCCUUAAAUGCGUUUGCGUAUAAGCAUGUAUGCAUACUCGCAAGUGUUUUUUUUUUUCCAAUUCGUGGGCAAGUUUGUGGCUUCAGUGAUUAGACUGCUUCAUACGGGAAGUGAUGAAAUUUUCUGUCCUGUUGGGUUAAAUUCGUCAUCUUUUGGUUUGUUUGGAUUCAGAUUGUCCGAAAGUUUCCACCUUUUUUUUUGUCUGAUUGUGAACACGUCUGAAUCGUGUUUGGGUUUAUGUCCAGGCGAUGGGCACCUGAAGUGAAUCCUUUCUGUUUGUUUGGACUUGGGUUUAGCUUAAACCUGUUCUUAUUGUUCGGUGAAAAUUGAUGCAAAUCUUCGAUUUAAUCCCUCGUCUAAAGAGUUGCUUAUUAUAUCUACAUGUAUAUAACACCUUUGUCUGUUCCAUCGUAAAAGUCUCGGCCUUUCUGCAAGUUUUUUGAGUUCUGCUCUGUUGGAGGGAGCGAUGUCGAAAGCCGAGGCAGGGAUUUACCAAGAAAUGGUGGUUCAUGGCGGUAGGGUUCGGCUCAGUUCAAGCCGGUCUAGGCCGAGGAAGCUUCGGAUCCUCGGCUCCAAGAUUCCUGACCUGAAUUCAGAUCCUCCAGAAGUCGAAGACGAAGGCCAAGGAUCGAGAGAAAUGACUCAAACCCUGUUGGAUUUAAAACCUCAGGAUGCAGAUUAUGUUUCAGAAAACGUUCCUCAGCUCGCUUACGAGCUGGAAAUCGAGAUCUUAGCCCGAGUCCCACGCUUCGAGUACUGGAAACUCUCCUUUCUCAACAAGCGGUUUUCCCGUUUGCUGAAGAGCGGCGAGAUUUUCAGGGUGAGACGAGAACGCAGGUUCACCGAACCAUCCGUUUUCAUGCUCUCCAGCGGCGACACUUGCUGGACAAGCUUCGACGAAAACUUUGGAAACUUCCAGAAGCUUCCGGAACUUCCCUCGGAUAUCUGCUUCUCUUGCGGCGAUAAGGAAUCAUUCUGCGUCGGAACUCAGCUGAUCGUUACUGGAAAAGAGGAGAAAAACGUUGCUGUUUGGCGAUACGAACUUGAAUCCAACAAAUGGUUCAAAGGUCCUGCAAUGAUCACUCCGAGGAUCUUGUUCGCCUCGGGGAAAUGUGGAACGACCGCGUUUAUCGCUGGUGGGAUCAAGAUCGAUGAAAACGGGUCUUCAGAGGUCGUGAAUAGCGCGGAGAAGUACGAUUCCGAGACGAAAACAUGGAUGGAAAUCCGGGGGAUGAAUAAGAGGAGGAAAUUCUGCUCGGGUUGUUACUUGCGUGGCAAGUUUUACGUUCUCGGGGGCAGGGACGAGAACAACUGUAACCUAACUUGCGUAGAAAGUUACGAUGAGGCAACAGACACGUGGGAACUCAUCCCCGACAUGCUCAAAGACAUGCCCUUCUCGUCGUUCCAGUCGCCGCCGCUAAUCGCAGUCGCUAACGAUGAGCUUUACUCGCUCGAGACAUCGACCAAUGAGCUCCGCGUUUACGACGCAAACGCAAACGCGUGGAAGAAACUAGGGGUGGCGCCUGUGAGAGCAGAGUUUAACAACGGUUGGGGCAUUGCGUUUAAAUCGCUAGGGGAUAGGAUUCUGGUGAUUGGAGCCUCGUCGGCUCCGUCGUGGGUGGAGACAAUGUCCGUUUACACGUGUCGCCCGUCGCCAAACGCUGAGGAGCUGCGUUGGGAGGAGGUUAAACGCUGCUGUGGCGUUCGGCUCAGCCACUUUAUUCUGUGUUGUUCUGUUAUGUUCGCUUAGAACCAUAUGGAACGGAUUGGGGAUUGUGUGUGUGAUUAAUAAGUUGCGGCGAUUCAGACGCCGAAACGUUAUUGCGAUUGCGGUUAUUUCGCGUGUUGGUGUGAGAAUUUAACGUUAUUGCGACCCGGAAUUUAGCGUUUGCGUCUCACGGAUUGGACACAAACGCCGGUUUUCUGGUUUGUGUGAGAAUAAUACGUCUUGGGUCCUAGCGUUUAAAUAUUUGAUGUUAUUGUGUUUUGUGUGUUUGAGUGGCAAUGGCUGUCAUAAAACUAUUAUCAGUGACUUCUUUUUGUUCUG